AUGGCGUCGAAUGCUGGUACGAAACGCAAGAAUUCAUUCGCAGAUGAAAAAGUCAAGCAGCCGAAACAAACCAAUCUGACUGAUCUGGUUCACUCUCAACAAAAUCGUCGUUCAUCAACAUUAUUAUCGUCAUUGCAUCAUAUACGGAUAUUUGCUAUGCGACGUCCUAAACCCGAAUGUUUAACAAAAGAAAAUUGGCUUGUCUACAAUGUAACAUCGGCAACCAGAGAGAAGUGGUGCCUAGAAUUUAGUCCAUUUGUCCUAGGACCAAUUGAACUGUAUCCAAAUCCGAAGGAUGGAACGAUGUUUGUAGCGAAAAAUAUGGAAAAUGCAUGGCAAUUCUGUAAAGUCUAUCAAAAACAUGCCGAAACUGAUGACCAAUCACCAUCUUCGGCCUACUGGCAAUGGGCUGAAGAUGGUUGGAAUGAUUCGAAACCACAUCGAUUUCCUCUCGGACGAAAGGCAAGUAAGCCACUGUACUCAUUAUGGAACGGAAAACGUUUGAAUUACAUCGAAGCUCGAAAAACUAUCUAUGCACCACUGUAUGCAAAAUAUGUUGAGCAAACCGAUGCAUACAAAAAACUAAACGAUAUUUAUCUCAAAUACUGCUGUGGAGAUGUCAGUGAUAAACAACAACGACCCAUGGCAUUGACAGAUUUCGAUGGAUGGGAUUAUUUGGGACAGGGUUAUACAUUGGAGGACGUGAUUGAUCUUCCCAAACCAAAAAUGGGUCAUGCAUUUGUUUUAGCUGGUCUGUUAGAAAAUAACUUAUUUUGGUUAGCUGAACCAGAAAAGUCAAGAGUGGAAGAAUUGAGAAAAAAUAGUCAAUUAUUGAAAGACAUUUCAUAA